GGUCGGAAGAAUGGACAUUCUUGCUUAUUGAAGAAGAGAAAGAAGUAGUAAUGAUUUUCCGGCGCGUUCCUAUUCCAGUCAUCUUUAACUCUCUUAUUUUUUGUCUAAAAUAGUAAACAGCAUAAUAUCAACUUACCCUCACCACCCAUUCAUCAAACAACCAGUAUGACAAAAGAACAGUUGAAGUACUGCAGCGCGAUAAUGAGAAAUUUGAAGAAGCACAGAGAUGCAGCACCGUUUUUAAACCCAGUAGACUACGUUAAACUGAAUGUGCCUGACUACCCAAGUGUCAUCACUCAGCCUAUGAACUUACUGAAAGUGGAUGAAAAGUUGAACAACAUGGAAUAUAAAACCGUGGAUGAUUUUAUAGCUGAUGUGCGACUGAUUUUCAGUAACUGUUUCAAAUAUAACGGCCCGGAAGCAACAAUAUCAGUUCUAUGCCAGAAUGUAGAAUCAGCUUUUGAAAAAGGUUUACGACAAAUGCCUUCUUCUUUCAGUAACGGUGGUAACAGUAGUGUGCUUGGAAAUAGCAUGGCAGCAUCAUUAUCUGCAGCCUCUUCACCCACGUCUGUAACUUCCUCCUCAGGAGGCACAGGGAUAACGAAUGAUAUUGCAUCAAUACCUGUUGCAAUGAAAAGUGAAUCUUCACCAUCUAUCAGUAAACAUAGUUCACCAGUUCCAGGAGGAUGUUAUGAGGUUUAUAAACCUAUUUCUGACGAUAUUGGCAGACCAAAAAGAGAAAUUCAUUGCCCGUCAAAGGAUUAUCCUGAAACAUACACAACACAGAGAAGACGAAUGGCUAAUAAUGACAAGCCUUUAAUGAAAUUCUGUCAGCAAACGAUAAAGGAAUUAAAAAAAAGCAAAUACCGCAAUAUUGCAUAUCCUUUUCUGCAACCUGUUGAUCCAGUAGCAUUGAACAUUCCUGAUUAUCCAAGCAUCGUAAAGCAUCCUAUGGAUAUUUCGACGAUCGAAAAGAAAUUGCAGAAUGAAGAAUACGAAGAUGGAGAGACUUUCGAAGCUGAUGUUCGUCUAAUGUUUAAUAACUGCUACCUAUAUAACCCGCCUCAUCUUCCGAUUUAUCAUAUGGCAAAGGAAUUAGAAAAGGUGUUCAAUGAAAAAUGGGCCCAAAGACCCAUUACUAUAAUAAAAUCAGAGGAGGAAGAAGUCAAAGUAGUAAAAACUGAGCAAAGCCCCAUAUCAAUGACAGAUCAACAAUUAUCAACAGAAAAAAAGCAGCGAAAGAGACGACAAUCAAAGAGCAAUCAUAUUCAUGAUGCUGCGAUAAGUGAUAAUGCUCCGAACGCUAAUACCGAGAUAGAUCCCAAAGACGCGAAAAUUGCCUUACUCGAGCGUAAUCUAAAAGAAAUAACCGAACAAAUUGAAUACCUGAAAAAAGCAAAGAAAGCGGAAGCAGAAGCGGUAGCAGCGUCUUCGGAAAGCACAACAACCACUAGCACAUCUCGUACAGCUAUUGGCAAACGUCGUGGCCGUAAGCCAGGAUCAAAGAAUAAACAGCCUUCAAAAAGAAGAAAAUCUACUGAGAACAAGACGACCAGUAAUAAAAAAAACCGCAUGAAUGACAAUGACAUGGAAGAAACAGCUUCUUAUGCCAAAGAGUUCACAUUUGAACAGAAGAAAGAGCUUAGCGAGUCGAUCAAUGAAUUGGGCGGUGAUGAUCUAAAUGAGGUCGUUGGAAUUAUCCAAGCUUCCAUGCCACAUCUUGGUGAGGCUGGAGAAGAAGAAAUCACAUUGGAUAUUGAUGCCUUGGAUAAGGAAACGCUACAAAGAUUGAGCGAUUUUGUCACGCUCAAAGUGAAACCACUAGAGUCGAAUACACAAAAAGAUCUGUCUUCUAGCGAGUCUGAUGAUAUGGGCCAACAUCACUCUGAAUCCUCAAGCUCAGAUUCUGACUAAGAAGUAAAAAAAGUGGAGAUUCCAUAAACUACCAUUUUAUUGACCUUUGUUAUUACUUUCUUUUCCAUUUCAGUCCGAAAAUGAGGAAGAUCAACUUUAGUUAAAACCAGCUUUCUGCUUGUAAUAUGCCUUCUCUUAUUCCAGAACAUGAAAAUAUACCUCCUUUUUAAACCUUUGACAGAUACCUUCUGCCCUAAUGUGCAUGAAACUUAUUUUACUCCCCGGAGAUGCCAUCUUGAUUAUACUUUAUAUCCAUCAAUCAUGAAUUUAAAGUCUUUCUUAAAAAAUCACAGUCUUUCAGAUUUAGGAGUGA